GGAGAGAAGCACAGAGAGAGUCUCGAGUUCAGAGAGUCUACGUUUCUCAGAGUGACAGAGAAUGGACAGAAGAAGAGAGACUGAAAAUGAAGGAAUCUGCUCUGCUGACCGAGUCACCAGGACUGAGCAAACUUCUUAAAGACAAAGAGAGUCUUCUAAUGGAGAGAAAUACACAACUGAUGGAAAAAGACAAACAAAUUCAAAAGAAAGAAAAACUUCUGAAAACAAUCGCAGAGACACUUCAGAUGAAGGACAAGAUGCUGGAAGAGAAAGAAACACUUCUCAGAGAGACAAAAAGAAAACUAGAACAGAUAAAUGAAGAAUGUGAGAUGAAUCAGAAACAGCUUAAAGAUAAAGACUCACAACUGGAGAAUCAGAUCAAACUGCUGAGAGAGAAAGAGACUCUACUGGAGAUCACAGUGAAAGAGGAGGAAAGCGGUAAAAAGCAGCUGGAGACUCUGAGAAAGGAACUGCAGGAGAAAGAACAACUUCUGACAGACAAUGUAAAAACACUGCAGAUGAAGGACAAUGAAUUAGAAGAGAAGGAGAAACUUCUCAGUGAAGUAAAAGAUGAACUGAAACAAACAAAGAAAUUAGAGGAGAAUCACAGAAUAAAAGUGGAAGAAAUGGAGAAAAGACUUGUGGAGAAAGAUGAAGAAUUAAAAGAGACAAAACAAGAACUGAAAGAUAAAAACACGAUUAUAAAAGAACAUUUAGAGACUGUUGAUAAGAGAGAUUCAUUAUUAAAGGAAACUAAUGAAAGAUUAGAAAGUGUUAAUAAACAGCUUAAAGAUAAAGACUCACAACUGGAGAAUCAGAUCAAACUGCUGAGAGAGAAAGAGACUCUACUGGAGAUCACAGUGAAAGAGGUGGAAAGCAGUAAAAAGCAGCUGGAGACUCUGAGAAAGGAACUGCCGGACAAGAGCAGCAAACUACAGGAGAUGAUGAUCCUACUGGAACAACAGAAAACUGAAGUGAGUGAAAAAGACAAACAGCUUGAAGAAAAGGAGAGACUUCUAAGUGAGAGAAACACACAGCUAAUGGAAAGAGACAAGCAGGUUGAGGAGAAAGACAGACUUCUAGAGGAGAGAAACAAGCAGCUGCAGGAGAGAACAGAUCCAGACUCAGCAGCUCCAGCCAGGAGGAGAAGCAGCAAAGAGGGGAAUCCUCCAGAAAUGAGUGGAGAAUCCUCUACUUCAGCCUCUCCAGAGUCACUUCCUGUAGCAGAGCUCAGGCUGGUGCUGCUGGGGAGGACUGGAUGUGGGAAGAGAGCAGCAGGAAACACCAUCCUGGGCAGAGAGGAGAGGAGCCAGGCUGGAGCGUCUACAGUAAGGCAGCAGAGUGAGAGCAGACAGGAGGAGGUGGCUGGGAGGCAGGUGACUGUGGUGGACACUCCUGACUGGUUCUGUCCUGGACUCUCUCUGGAGGAGCUGAGACAGGACGUGGGACUCUGUGUCCAUCUGUCUGCCCCAGGACCCCACGCCUUCCUCCUAGUCAUACCAGUGAAGCAGUCUACAGGAGAGGAGAGAGGCAUGCUGGAGAAAAUGGAGGAGAUUUUUGGAGAGAGAUGUUGGAGGAACACCAUGAUCCUUUUCACUGUGACUGAUGAAGUCCAAGAGAAGAACAUUGAAGAGUUUAUCCAGUCAGGAAAGCAGGAGGUCCAGAGGCUUGUAGAGAAAUGUGGGAACAGGUUUCACUGUCUCAGCAUUAAGGAGAGUGGAGAUGGUUCUCAAACCUCAGAGCUGCUGGAGAAGAUCGAGAAGAUGGUGAAGGGAAACAGAGAGAAAUUCUACAGCAGUGAGAUCUACCUGGAGACACAAUCUCAGAUCAGAACAAUGGAGACAAAUAUUAUGAAGGCAAGAGAAGAAACUAAGGCAAAGGAAGUGAGAAAAAUGAAAGAAAAACUAGAAAAGGAGGUGCAGAAGUCCCUGAGAAAGAUAGAGGGAUCCAUACAGGAGCAUAAAGGAGAGAUAAAACCACUGAAUGACCGAACAACUGAGCUAGAAAGAAGAAGGAAAGAAGAGAGGGAUGAAGAGAAAAAGAGAGAACUGGAACGAGAGCUGGAAAGAGAGUUAGAGAGAAGAACAGAAAUAGAUGAAAAGGUGAAGAAACUAAAAGAAAAGAGAGAGCGGGAGAGGAGAGAGAUGGAGGAGAGACACAGACAGGAGAUGGAGGAGAUCAGGGAGACGUAUGAAGGAGAAGCCAGAAUGGAGGCAGAGAGGAACCUCAUGAAGAUCAUCCUGCCUGAACUCCAGAGAAACAUUUUGGCCUCAAAGUCAAAGAUGCAGGAAGAGUUCAGCAGACAGAUGGAGGAGAAGGACAGAGAGCUGGAGAAACUGAGACUCAGAGUGAGAGAACUUAGUAGUACUUUACUUGAGGAGGUCCAUAAAUAUACAGGAGGAGCUGCCCAGGAGCAGAAGGAGGUCAGUAGGAGACUCUCAACAUGCUGAGAGAGCUCCUCUACUGCUGGACAUACAGACUGGAUAGAACAGGCUGGGUGGGUUUA